GAGCUUCCGGAAGUGGCUGUGGGGCAAGAUGCGUGCUGGCCGGUUCUGCGGCUCCCAGGGUUUGGAAGUUAGCGGCUGGAGGGGUCCCGCCCGGGUUCGGUGUCCGUCGCGUCUCCUCGCGCGCUUCCCCGUCCGCGCUGGGCCGUCUCCCGCCCUCGGGCAGCGUGCGGAGCUCUCGAAGUACCCUGGAGGUCCUCAGAAGACUUAAGAAGAUACAGAAGGUAGAGGAAAGGGGACUUUUAAGCAUUUCUGGCCCUAAAUGGCUACAGAAUCAAGAAAGCCUUCUUCGGCCCCAUCUCCACCAGACCAAGCUCCUGAAGAGGACCUUGUCAUUGUCAAGAUAGAGGAGGAUCAUGGUUGGGAUGAGGAGUCUAGUGUGCAUGAAAAUAAUACUUCUGGCCAAGAAUUGUUUCGCCUACGCUUCAGGCAGCUAUGCUACCAGGAGACCUUAGGACCCCGGGAAGCUCUGAUCCAGCUUCGUGCGCUUUGCCAUCAGUGGCUGCGGCCAGACGUGAACAGCAAGGAGCAGAUCCUGGAGUUGCUGGUGCUGGAGCAGUUCCUGACCAUCCUGCCUGAGGAGCUGCAGACUCUGGUUAAGGAACACCAGUUAGAAAAUGGAGAGGAGGUGGUGAGCCUAUUGGAGGACUUGGAAAGACAGAUUAAUAUCCUAGGACGACCAGUCUCAGCUCAUACACAUGGGCACAGGGUACUCUGGGAGGAAGUUGUAUCUUCAGAAUCUGCACCAGAACCUCCAAGUACUCAACUCCAAGCCAUGGCAACCAAACAUAAAUCUUCAGUGCCCCAGAAGCCACAGGACAGAGGAGAGAGGCCAGAUUUCACUUAUAAAGCCAUGUCUACUUCUCAGAGUCCUACUCCUUCCCAGAAAGGAAGUUCUGGAGAUCAGGAGGUGACAGCUAGACUUCUCACUGCAGGGUUCCAGACUUUGGAAAAGAUUGAAGACAUGGCUGUGUCUCUUAUUCGAGAGGAGUGGCUUCUUGAUCCAUCACAGAAGGAUCUGAAUAGAGAUAACAGGCCCGAGAAAUACAGAAACAUGUUCUCCCUGGAUGGUGAGACCAGGAGUGAGAACAAGGAAUUGUUUUCAAAACAGGUAAUAUCGACCGGAAUCCAGCCACAUGGACAGACAGCUGCCAGCUGCAAUGGGGAUGUUAUCCUGGGUCUUGCUCAUGGAAAAGCCCAAGACCUUCUGGGCAGAUUAGAGAGGCAGCAGGGAAAUCCCACACAAGAGAGACGGCACAAAUGUGAUGAAUGUGGGAAAAGCUUUGCUCAGAACUCAGGCCUUGUCCGACACUGGAGAAUCCACACUGGAGAGAAACCCUAUCAGUGUAAUGUGUGCAGUAAAGCCUUCAGUUACAGGUCAGCCCUCCUUUCCCAUCAAGAUAUCCACAACAAAGUGAAACGCUACCACUGCAAGGAAUGUGGGAAGGCCUUCAGUCAGAACACAGGCCUGAUCCUGCACCAGAGAAUCCACACUGGGGAGAAGCCAUAUCAGUGUAAUCAGUGUGGGAAGGCCUUUAGUCAGAGUGCAGGCCUUAUUUUGCACCAGAGAAUCCACAGUGGGGAGAGACCAUAUGAAUGUAAUGAAUGUGGAAAAGCUUUCAGUCAUAGUUCACACCUCAUUGGACACCAGAGAAUUCACACUGGGGAGAAACCCUAUGAGUGUGAUGAGUGUGGGAAAACCUUCAGACGCAGCUCCCAUCUUAUUGGCCAUCAAAGAAGCCACACUGGGGAGAAACCCUACAAAUGCAAUGAGUGUGGGAGAGCCUUCAGUCAGAAGUCAGGCCUUAUUGAACAUCAGAGAAUCCAUACUGGAGAAAGACCCUAUAAGUGUAAAGAAUGUGGGAAAGCUUUCAAUGGGAACACUGGUCUCAUUCAGCAUAUGAGAAUACAUACAGGGGAGAAGCCCUACCAAUGCAGUGAGUGUGGGAAAGCCUUUAUUCAGAGAUCGAGCCUCAUUCGACAUCAAAGAAUCCACACUGGAGAAAAGCCUGAAACCACGGGAGUAUAGGGCAAGCUCUGGUUGUCAUUGGAACGUUAUUCAGCAUUAGAGGAACCAUGUAGUAGUGGAAAAGUCUAGUGAAAAAGGCAGAAUCAGUAGUGGUGACCAAGUUAGGAAUAGCACUUCAGUUGUUUGAGCCCAAUCCCUCAUACAGAUUGAUUAGCUUGACUGUGUUUGGAGGAAUCUGGUGAAGCAGAGAGCCCCAGCAGCUUAAUAUAUUCUUCAGAACUUGAAAAUAACAGCAAUUGCCUAUUGGGACUUAAAACACUAUAUUUUGUCUCUCCCAAGAGUAGCUGGAAGUUUGAGAGGGGCCACUCCUAAGCUUCUCUUCUCCCCAUAUCCUGUGGUCCCUUUCUGUCAUCCCUCUGAAGGUGCCCUUGUAAAUCCUAACCUAAGAAGCUGCUUGACUCCAAGGCAACCUCAAUGAGGCUAUGAUUUGUAUUUAGCUUUCUAAUACCCUACCUAGAGGGAAAUGGUUAGACAUUUAACAUAUUGUUCUAAUACUCUUAGAUGGUAGGAAUCCAUAUUCCUCUCCAAACUCAAUGCUAUAUAUUUAACAGCACUGUAGCAUUUUUCUUCAUUUAGCCCUAUUGACUCCAUUGAGUCCCUGAGCUCAGAUCCUUCAUAUCCUUCACCAUGCCCAGUCUCAGUACAUGUGUCAGCAAAGGAAGUGGAUGCAUUAGUGAUGUUGCUGGGAGUGAUGCAAAGAAAGGUGAGUGGAGACUCAGCCUGGCUAUUGAGCAUGGACAGUUGAACCUCAAGGUGACUCUCCUGACUCUCCUUUACCUUACCACUGUACACUGUGGUUCGAAAAAUAUUUGCACUAUCAAAGCUUUGGCACCACCUAGGAGACAGAGGUGCUAGAAAAAGACAUUGAAAAUCCUUACAAAGAAUGUACAUCAUCCCUUUGGCCCAUUACAGUACUGCUCUCAGGUUCCUAUCUAUAUAAACUCCCUGAGUACAUGGUCAGCCUGGACUGCCCUUCUCAGAUGGCCUCUGCAGCUCCAUCAUCUUCUGUCUGUUUCCUUCCAUUUGCAUAUCUUCAUUAUCCACAGUGGUAAUAUAUCAAAUACCUCACCUCUGAUUCCUCAUUCUGAAUUCUGGUGCAUUCCAUCAGUCAUCUAACAACAAAGAGAGACUGUUAUACUCAUUGUCACCAGGCCCUAUAUUUCACCUCUAAGGCUUUUCAGCAUAACAUAGGCUAUUGUAUAAAAUAAUGAGACUUGUUUUAAAAUAACAAACCUGAUCUUGUGCAUCUAAAAUUUAGUGUCCUUUCAGAUAAGUAAUUAUACUUAUUCUAGUAGUGCUACUAGUCCCUCCAAUAUUGGAAACAUGCUUAGAAUUCUCAUUUAAUGAAGAGCAAGAAAACUAUGUGUUACUAAUAAUUAAAUUUCAUGUUUGACCAUUUGAUUAGACAAUGGGCUUGGAGUUGAAUAAUGUUUGCUUUGCAACAUUAAUCCUCACACUUAAAAUUAUUCCAUUAAUCUUACUCAGAAGACACAUAAGUAGGUUCCAAUGAAAUGUCCAAGAAAACAAUUUCACACUGUGACUACAUUGAAAAGGUUCAUCUUAGCUUCUUUGGUUAGCUCUCAGACUAGUCCUUUUCAUGAUUCUUUAUUUUCUUGUCCUUUCUGUUUGCUUCCUUCCUGUUUAGUACAGAUUGCCAUCCCUAACUCUGCUCUAACACACUAAACCACUGAGCCAUCUCUCCAGCUCCAAUUGGCUUGAGUUGUGCCUUCCGCUGUCUAGAUGACAGGAUUUCUGUAUAGGUCAGUGCUACCUUGUGUGCAAAAGUUGCAUAAGAUGCAUACAUUGUCAGAGAAGCUAGGUGUCUGCAUGUGUGCAUAUAUGCAUGCUCACUCCUCGUACACUUUUGUGGAGCACCUGCCUUCAUUUCCAAUAAAUUGCUCUUUUAGCAUUUGUAUCUAGAGUAAUGUGUACCAGAUUACUCUUCAGCCUCAGAACUACUAAGCAUGUGGAAGCAGUCCAAAGAAAAGAAAAUAAUAAAAUUGGGAAGAUUAAUGUUACACUGGGGUGAAUAUGAAAAAAGGUUGUCAUUUAAAAAUGAAUUAUUGGAGCCAUUAUUGGUAAUGUAUACCUUUAAUCAUAGAACUCAUGGGCCAGCCUAGUCUGUAUGGAAAGUUCUAAGCCAGCUUUAAAUAUAGUGAGAUCAGUCUCAAAAAACCAAAAAAGGUAACUGGGGCUGGAAAAAUGGCUGAGAGGUUAAGGUGUGGACUGUUCUUGCAGAGAACCAUUGAGUUCAGUUCCCGUGUUGGGUGGCUUCCAACUUCCUGUAUCUCUAGCGCCAGGAGGAUCCAACAUAUCUGGCCUCCACAGGCACCGGCACACAGGUACACAUGUGCAUAUACAUAUAAACAUAAUUACAAAUAAUAAAAAAAUUAAAAUGGUUUAUCAAAGCUGAUUUAGCACUUGUAUAGAAGAGGUCAAGUGUUAUAGCAUAUUAUAAUAGAGAAGGCUGUGGAGUCUGAAGAAGUACAUAGAAGUCAUUUUUAGUCUUGAAUUCGCCAAGCAUUAAUCUAUGUUACAUCAUUUAGAGCUCUUAGCUAUCAGUGGCAUUCAUUAAGCUUUUGUCCUAUGGAGUCAAAAAUGUUUUUCUUUCAAUCUGAAAUGAAUUGUUCACCAGUACUUUUUUCUGCCAUCCUCAGCUGCUCAUCUUAGGAUCUGGCAUGGUAAAGUGGUUCUUCCAUGACUCUCUUGCCAUCAAUAAACCACUGGGGAAACCUCUGAGGUUUCAGAGAAUUUCUCCAUGAGACCAGAUAGGUAUUCAAGAAUGUGGUGAUUGAUUCCAGUGUGGACCACUGUAGCUUUGCUCUUGUUUCUACAUCUCCAGAAUGAUAGCCGACUUUUUUUUUUUUUUUUGAGCAGUUAUUGUGAGCCAAACCCUAAGUUAAACAUUUAUCCUACUUAAAAGCUAGUAUCACUACAUGCCCCAUUUAUAGAUGAUAAAAACAGAAGCUUAGAGAACUAAUCAACAUCACACAGCCAGCAAAUGACAAAAUUCUACCCCAUACAUAUAGCCUGGUGCUAGAGCCUGUGAUGACCACUAUGAUGUACUACCAAUGCUGACUAAACUCUGGCCUGCCAAGUUAAACCAUGUACCAGUCAUGAAAGAUACUAGGUAAAAUAGCAUACAGUAGUAUAGUGUGGCUCCAUUGCAAUUACUGGAAAAUUGGUGUAAAAUACUGUCUUGGGUGAGACCAUCUGUAGACAUUGAUGUUCUUGAUUUUAGUACCAGAAAGGUAAAUUUUGUCUCUAAAAUAUGCUUAAAGGAGUAACUAGGAGGGUAAAGCAUUAUCAGCUUACUGAUUCAAAUACAUUUCUCUGUAGACUGCCUAAGGGAAAGAGAAGUGAGUAGAUUCCAGGUUAGGUAGAUGGGCAGUUAGGGUGGCAGUAGUAAGUUCUCCACAGUCUGCAGUGAUAAGUCCUUCAAGCUUCUUGCCCGUUGCCAAUCACCAUUCUGUGUGUCUUGUGUUUUUCUUGAUUUUUCAAAUGUUAUUCAUUUAACCCAUUUCUGCCUUAGCUCUUAAAACAUUUCCUUACUUGCUGUCAUAGUCAACAUUCCACUAAAAUGUAUGUAGAAUGUCCGAUAUAUAAAUUAAGGCUUUUUAUUGUUGUCCUUCUUAAUCUCUUUUAUAUUUCAUAAUGUUGGGCUUUCCCAUAUGUGGUGGCUGUUCUUGGUUGUCAUUUUGAGUAUUACUGGAUUCUUUGGUCUUUCAUUGGUAGACAGCCAUUGUUGAACUAGCUAGACCACAGCAGGUAAGCCAUGCUAAUAAAUCCCAUAUAUAUAUAUUCAUUCUAUAAGCUCUCUUCUUCUAGAAAACCCUGACUAAUACAGAUUUUUGUACCAGAAGUAGUUCUAGAGCAAUAGAAGAAUAAGGAUGAAAUUUUUUAAGUAUCUGGAAUAGGGUUUCCAAUUUACCAUCAUCUACUGAAGCCUCUCAGAAACUCAGGGUGUAUUGAAAGCCCAUGGUGUGAACUAUUUUACAGACUUAAGGAGACAAAGUGCAUUUGAUUAUCCUGAUUGACCAGUUGUGGGAGGCGAGAGAUUUGGUGACUCUGUAUAUAAAACUUUUGACAAUUUGUAGAAAAAUGGGAAAAAGGAUGGUGGUAGUUGGUUGUUCCCAGCAUCUCUGCAUAAAUUGACAAAGGAAAAGAAUGUAUUUGAUAAAAUUAACCAACUUCUAGCAUCUCAGAAUAUAGUGAAGAACAACAAUGUACUCAUUGAUAUAAUUGGCCAACUCUAGACGUAUAUAAACAGUCUAAAUAAGUGUGCCCUAGAAGAGAAUCUUAUGUUCAGCAGCUACAGCUGAAAUUGUAGAAAAUCAAACCGAAGCCCUCAUUAUAAGGUUGGCUGCAUUUAAAAAAAAAAAAAAUUCAAGUCUCAACCUCAGAGGAUAUCAGUGGUUCAAGGAAGAGCCUUAAAUUGGUAAAGAAUCGAAUCCUGUAACUUGGGAUGGAGAUGUGUAGGAAGACCCUGUUAAUUCAACCCUCAGAUUCUCGAGGGUUUAUCUCACCUGAAGGAAUAGUCUCUCUCCCCUCAGCAGAAGAUGUACUCUCACCCCUUAAAUAUUGCCUUUUCUGCUUUGAGGAAAUAACAGGAUAGUAGAGGAAGGUAGUUAUAAAUACCAGCUAUGGUCGUGUAGCCAGUUGUAGAAAUGAGGAUUAUAAUUGACAUAACUCUUUCUGUCAUAUUUUGUUAAGAAUGUGUUUGUACAGAUAUUUGUGUUUCUUUCUUCAAUUUCUUUAUCAUAUAAUGUAACAUCAAUUAAGAGAAUAUCUGUGGUUACCAUAUUUAAGUUUUGAGAUACCAAAAGAAUGUCCUUCAAGGGACAUUGCCAUAUAUUCUAAAAUUUAUUAUGAGUUUGCAAUUGUACAAGGGACAGUUAUAUCAUGUUAGAUGUAAUUAUGACUUGGUUAAAUAUAUAAUGCAUUUGCAAUUGUACGUGAGAUAGUCAUAUGUUAGGUGGAAUUAUGACCUGACUAUUAUUUUCACUUGGAAAUUAAGCAUGGCAUAAGGAGAUAUGAUUGUGUGUCAAGUUGACAAUGGGUGGGUUUGUGAUGGCUAUUCUCAGGUGUCAACUUGGCUACAUCUGGAAUUAACUGAAACUGGACUGCUGGGUACCCCUGUGAGGGAUUUGUUUUUAAAUCAUUUCAAGUGGAAAGACCCACUUUAAUCUUAAUCUUUUGAGGUGGGAAGAUCCAUCCACCUUUAGUCUGGGCCACGCCUUCUGAUGGCAGCCUAUAUAAGGAUAUGAAAGAAGGAAGCUUUUGUUCUUGCUGGCAAGUCCAUUCCUUCACUGGAAUUAGAGCCUACUUCUUCAGGAUUCUGUCUGGCCUAUAGUGAAGACCAACUGAGACAUCCAGCCUGGUGGAAUAGACAGCUGGUGGAUUCUUGAACUUCCCAUUGGUAGACAGCCAUUGCUGGACUAACUGGACCACAGCCUGUAAGCCACUCUAAUAAAUUCCCAUUCUCUACAUAUACGAAGAUUCAAUCUAUAUGCUCUGUUCUCUAGAGAACCUUGACUAAUACACCAUACUUCAAGAAUUCUCCUUUCUUUGUCUUAUGGGAUCUUUUAGGUCAAUUUUCUUCAAUAUCUGGCUUUUCUUUAUUAGUCGUUUUUCUCCCCUAUACUAAAAAUAAUCCCCAUGUCCUACUUUUACUCACGUUUUGUGUCUUUUUUCCUGUUUUUCUGUUUUGGUACUUCAUGUAUUUGAGUGAUUUCAUAUUUCCCACUUUGACUUUUUUGUCAUCUCACUGCUUGGGGAAUUUUCCUCAGGUACCUACACAACCUGGUAUUUGAAACCAAAAUUCACCAUUUUUCUCCUUCCGUUUGUAUUUUCUGUUAAAAUAGACAUCAUUGCUUAACUGCUGUACGUACCCUAAAUAGAAUCACUGUCCUUCAUAUUUCUCAUCCCAGCCUUAAAGUUACCAUUUCAUCUUUUUCUGUCCUCCACUCUCCAAGUCUAGAAUCUUGUUGAUCUCGAUUGUAUUCUUCUUGAGGCUUGUUUUCGUUGUUGCUUAGUUUUUUGUUUUGUUUUGUUAUAUUUCUGACAUACCCUUAUAGUCUUCCACACACACCCACAUCAUGUAGGCUCAGGUUACUGGAAUUCCUUUCAGAAUAUCCAACUUAUAUAACACUUUUGAAAUGAUCCUCAUUUUUACUGAUCUCCCAGGAGAUAAUUCUACCAGAGUGGUAGUGGUACAUGACUUUGCUCUCCAUUCUUAGUUAGCCUCAGCUUUUCUCACUCCCUAACAUGUUCACCUUGACACAUCACACUCAAACCUCCUACGGCUUUCUACUAUUGUCUUACAAGCCUUUGCCUCUGUGCCUUUCUCAUGGUUUUCUUUUUCUUCCUUAGAUUGCUCUUUGGCCCUAACUCCUGUUCACUCUUCAGAACUUGCUACUUUUGUGUCUUUUGAGUGAGCACCUCCUGAUUGAGUUCUCCCAUCAAGAUCUUCCUGUAUUCUGUGUUGCAGGAGCAGUUAACUUUCAGGCUUGAACUGUGAGCCAUUCUCUUACUAAUACCUUGCUCUGUAAUUAUUUUCUAGAAGUCUGUAUAGUAGUUUCACAUUUGUAUUUAUUUCCAAAAUUAAAUUGUAAGCUCCUUGAGGGCAGGGAUAAUAACUGUAACAUUUGUAUCACUGCACCCUCUUAGUGCCUAGUACAGUGCUGAGCACACAGUAGGUGUUUAAUAAAUGCUUGUUGAAUUAUUGUGUGGAUUUUUUGUAAUAUUGAAACCUUUAAGGCUUUUCAGUGACAAGUCCUAUUUAGUACACUCAAAAAGUACAAAACUGGUUGGGCGGUAGUGAUGUACACACCUUUAAGUCCAGCACUCAGGAGGCAGAGGCAGGCCAGUCUCUGAGUUGGAGGCCAGCUAGGUUACAGAGUGAGUUCCAGGGUGGCCAAGGCUGCACAGAGAAACCCUGUCUCAAAAAAAAACAAGUCUCCAUAAAGUAUUAUAAUUCAUCAAGAUUUGCCUGUAUCAGGAGUAAAGCCUUAAAGAAAUUCUAGGAGGGUCUAUGUUUUAAAAAAAGAAACCACAAAGUUUUAAACUAUUUUCUUGGCCAAAGUUAUUGAUGAGUUCUGAAAACAGGAAACAAGCCAUGUGUAGUGAGUGCCCCAAGUCUAGAAUCCUGGCAGUUGGGAAGUGAAGGCGGGAAGGUCAGAAGUUCAGGGUCACCUUGCUACAUAAGGAGUUUCACACCAACAUAGACUACCUGAGAUCUUAUUUCCAAAGUCAAAGAGAAAAGAAUAAGAAACAUGCACACAAACCUAUUCUGAUAAAAGUACAGCUGGAAAAUAGGUUUUGCAUCUGCUGUUUAUGUAGUAGUUUGGAAGUUAAGCUAUGUCUGGAGACAUUUGGGAUUAUACAAUUGGUGAGCAGCUGUGAUGCUCCUGGCAUCUAGUGAAUCAUAUUCAAAGGAGGUAUCCUUCAUAAUGGAAUCCUGGGUGCCUGUGUAUUCUAUUCUGUGGUGUGAUUAAAGAAAGCCUUAGUAUUUGGGAUUCACAGUAACAUUAGAAUUUUGUAGACCAUGCUGGCCUGGAACUCUCAGGGAUCCACCUGCCUCUGCCUCCCAAGUGUUCUGAUUAGAGGGGUGUGCCACCAUGCCUGGCUCAAUCGAAUUUCUUAAAUAAGUGGCCUGAGAAACUUUGCAGUAAGACCAAACUUGUGUCUGGUCCCUAGUCUAUAAAAGAGCACACGGGAUCACUACUAAGACGAGAACUCCUGUGGCCAUAGUGAGGCCCCGCUAGAGAUGUUUCACAGCUGUGAUGACUUUAAAUCCCAAGAUUUGAUAGUUUUCAUACCUUGGUAAAAGGAAUCAAAACCCACUUCUUGGAAGGUAAAAUAGGAAAUCGGAGUCUCGAUGGCCAGGAACAAAAGGGUCAUGAAGCAGAACCAAAUUUAGACAGUAACCACGGAACAAGGAAAAAGAAACUAAAGUCCGAGCUAAUCCAGGGCAAAGUUAGGCCUUACCCAGGGCUUAGGAGGCACCUGGCCCCUCCCAGAAAGAACAGAUUUCAGCCUUUCCAGAGACCUGGGAGCUGUCAGAUGCUUCCCUGCAGAACUGGGAGUUCCCUAUAUGUCACCUCAGAUGAAUAGGUCACAAGCAGGAGCCCAAGAAAGCAAGAGAUACAGAGAUUGCCCCCAAAUGCAUCCUCCUAAGGAAAAGGGUUUUCUCAAUAUUCAUUAGUCCGUGAGCUGGAGUUGCUCUCCUCUUGGGACCACAUUAGUGAGUCUUAACUGCAAGGGUGCUCCUGACGCAGGUUGUACUUAUCACACUGUCCAUAAGGUGCUUUUCCAAGCCCAAGUACCCAGAAAGAGUAUCAGGUACUCUAAAUUCAGGAAAUGCUUCCUUGCUCUUCCACCUAUGCGUACAGUGACCAUGCUGUCUCCUUUUGGAUGAAGAAUAGACAGGUUUAUUUCAGCUUAUUUGUAGUAGGUCACCAUUUACUGCAACAGUUACCUGCAUUCACUUCCAGCUCCUAACUUACCUGAGAUCCUGAGCCAAAACAAAGAAAACCACCUCCUAAAGAGUUUCCUAGGCCAGGUGGUGACGGUGCAAUCCUUUAAUCCCAGCACUUGAGAGGCAGAGAGGCCUGCAGAUUUUUGAGUUCGAGGCCAGCCUGGUCUACAGAGCAAGUUCCAGGACAGCCAAGGAUACUCUAUCUCAAAUAACAAAAUAAAAAAUAAAUGAAAAGUUUUUUAAGAGGAAUUUCUGCCUUCUGACCUUUGUAAUUAGUGUUUCUCUGUGUGUGUACAAAGGGAGAUGUGGGAAUAGAGCAAAUUUGGAAAAUGCUUGCUAGAUUAGGAUUAGUAUUUGGUUUUAGGAUAACGUUCACAGAUUUACCUAUGUAACUGAUGUGUCAUACCCAGUAUCAACUAGGAGAGGACAGAUUUGAAAGAUAGAAGUUAAUGAACCAAAUUUGGAAAAUAUUUAUUACAUGUGGGAGUCCCACCCAGUAGAGCUCUAUCAGGCCACAGCCUAACUUCCUCACCUUAAUCCAUAAGCCCUAUAUGUGUACAUAAGGAGUUUGUACUUUAAAAUUGUUUAGUUUUGUACUUUAAUUUUUCACACCUGCUUAACAAAACUGAAAUUCUUCUCACCCUUGAAAUAAUGUACAUGAGAUUGAAAAUAAAUUCCAAUAAUUCUAAGUUGCAGGCUGUGGAAUGUAAACAGUUCAGUGUGCUGCUCUUGCAGAAGUUUGGAUCUCAGCAUCUCACAACUGCCUGUAAAUCCAGCUUCCGGGGGAUCAGACACUCUCUUCGGGUCUCUACAGGAAGCUCUACUUACAUUGCAUACACAUAUUUCAAUAAAAAUUAUUGUUUUUAAUUGCAGGUUGCUUUGCUCCACGUUCUGAACAGAUAGGAGGAAAUACCCUGGCAUAGUAAAAUGAUGUUCAUUUUCAGAGGAGGGCUCAGUAUGGCAAAGGGGUUCACAGCUUACCUGAAUUCUCUUAGCACUUGAGGAAGUCAUGUUAGACUCUGAAAUUCUGGGCCAAGUAGUGAAAAUGAAUGCUGUGAAGCUUCUGCUGUGCGGUAGCACUUGCCAUUCUGCCCAGGUAACCUUAAGCUAGAUAAAGGAGUUGGAAACGAGAGGACCAUGGCUCUGAAGCUCAUUUGUAGGGUGUUUGUUUGUUUGUUUGUUUUGUAGAGCUAGUGAUCAGGCCUCAUGUAUGUUAGGCAAAUGUUCUACCACUGCAAACUCAGCUGGAGCUGAAAUGUAAAAGUUAGAAACCUCACAUGGGGAACGUCAGAAAACAAAGCACACACUUACAGGUAAAAGUCAAGAGCCUCAGCAAAACACCAGAAACUUCUCUUUCCUGUGCAUGUUUGAAAGUGGGAAGUCUUUGAUCUUCCUGCCUUUGGCAACCAAAGAAUGAAUUUCCUGGAUGUGUCAUCACCCUGUUUCUGUGGUAUGAUGAUCAAUGUCUACUGUUUGCCUUUUCUAACCUUGCUACUUGGUGUAUUCUUAAGAUGGAGUUUUCAGGUAGUCAUUUGGACACAGAAUAUCUUUCUGGGUCAAAACUGCAGUGAUGUCAUGCCCUAUCCAAACCAGCUCAACUGUCCAAGGCACAGGACCUGAAAAAAAAAAA